AUGGAAACCAACUCAGCUGAUGAAACUAACUGUAAUGUAACCGUGGAGACUGAUGAGCAUGCUGAGCUGUGUACUGGUGGUGCUGCUGGUACUGGUAGUACUAGUAUGGGUGAUCUAUCCGAGGUUACACCAGCGACGCAGGCUACACUGCUACUUGCAUCUACACCUACGGGUUUGAAUGCUGGAGCAGCCCUGGCUUUGACACCUCCAGAGCAAGGUGACAGCCUGCAGCCUGCUACAGCUGUGCUGGUGGCUACUGAUACAAGCAGUGACAACUUAGUGCAGGGGAUGCCUUCACAAAGCAGCACUGACCUUACUCAUCCUCAAGAUGGAGAAACUGCCGCCAUGGAUGCACUCAACACUGACACCACUAACGCGCUCAGUGAGGCAUACUUGAGAUGGAGAAAUGUACCCAUGUCCGAAAGGCCUAGGUUACCUGUACCUCGCCAUGUGCCUCAACGCAAACUCGAUCAGGUGACAUCACUUGUGAACAAAGCAAUCCCUGGAGUGAUCAACACCACUAGUAAAAACAAAGAUCUUCAAAUGGAGGAUCUCAAUUGCUUAGUAUAUGUUGCUGCUCGCUGUUCCUUGACCAGAUGUGGCAUUUCCUUGUCUGAGACGAACGGUGAAAACGCUAGUGGCAAGCCGGCGAGCUCGCGACCACCAGAACCGAUUUGGUUAGUAAAAUCGCGCAACAAAGCGAAGAAAUUACGGGCAGAUAUAUCUCGACUAACAAUGAUGUUGAAAAACCCUGCUGUCAAGCACCAACGGUUCUUUACUCAGUACGGAAUAUCCAACACUUCCCAGAUUGGAUACGCCCUGGAACAGAGGAAGCUGGAAUUGCUUGCGCUAGCGGAGAGGACAAGACGUGAUAAACACAUCUGGGAGAGCAGGAGAGCUAACACACUAUUCCGCACAAAUGAGAAAGAAUUCUACCGUAGACUGAGAAAGGAACCGGAGCAGCAGCAUCCCGGGGAAAUACCGAGUGAGGGUGCCGUAUUCGAGUUCUGGUCUGGUAUACUAGCCAAGCCUGUGCCGUUUGAUGAGUCAUCAGGGUGGUAUCAAGAACAAAGAGUGGAAUAUGAGACUACCAUUGCAGAGGAUGAACCCGUAUCUGUGACUCAACGGGCACUCCAGGACACGCUAGCUAAGGUCAGCAGGUGGAAAGCUAGUGGUGUAGACGCAAUUCAUGGUUACUGGUGGAAAAAAUUAUCUAAUCUACACAUUGCCCUGCGAAUCGCCUUCCAGAAGACCCUUGUCGGUGAUUGGCCAAUUCCGGAAUGGUUGGUGACUGGCCGCACAUUCCUGCUGCCCAAGACGGAGCCACCCACAUCUAACCCAGCCCAAUAUCGCCCUAUCACCUGUCUACCCACACAAUACAAGAUCCUGACAGCCGUAGUUGCUAGUCUCAUGUGGAAACACAUUGACACCAAUUCGAUACUCCCAGAUGAACAGAGAGGGUGUACCCCGGGAACACUAGGCUGUAAGGAGCAACUUCUUGUCAAUAAGAUGAUAAUGGAGCACGCUCGGCAUAAUAAGCGCAAUAUCUCUGUUGCGUAUAUCGACUUCAAGAAAGCCUAUGACAGCGUUUCUCAUGUAUGGAUUAUUCGGAUGCUGGAGAUGUACAAAUUUAGCCCAGCUCUUGUCAAGUUCUUGGAGGCAAGCAUGCAGCUCUGGAAUACACACAUGAGUUUAUCAUAUCAAAAUGCACGGGUCUCUACAGAAUCUGUCAGGAUUCGCCGUGGUAUCUUCCAAGGAGACACGCUAUCACCCCUCUUGUUUUGCUUAGCUAUUAACUGCAUUUCAAGAGAGGUGCAGAAGACAGGCGGCGGAUAUCAAAUGCAAAUUGGACAGGUCUCAAAGGUCGUUUCUCAACUCCUGUACAUGGAUGACAUUAAAUUGUAUGCCAAACAUCGCAACCAGCUGAAGUCCAUGAUCAACGUCGCCCAGAUCACAGCUUCGGCCAUUGGCCUGGAGUUUGGUGUUUCGAAGUGCGCCACGCUUCAUGUACACCGGGGAGUGCUUGAGUCAAGUGAUGCGGAGCCUGUCGAAACACUGUUGGGUAUGGCUUUACCCACCCUGCAAGAAGAUAACAUGUACAAAUACCUCGGAUUCAUUGAAUCGGCUGCGCUGCCGCAUGGUGAGAUAAAGAGCAAGCUUCGUGAGGAUUAUGGAAAGCGAUUAGAUGCGAUCUUCAAGUCUGGAUUAACGGCUGGAUAUUUAGCAAAGGCAGUAAACACAUACGCGGUGCCGCUGCUCACCUACAGCUUUGGCAUCAUCAACUGGCGACCCGUAGAAUUGGAGCAGCUGGAUAUCUUGCUCAGGAAGAAGCUCACCAAGAAGGGAUGGCAUCACCCUCGGGCUGACAGAGAGAGGGUGCAUUUGGUGCGCGCCGAAGGCGGCCGUGGAUUCCAAAGUGUGGCAGAUCUACAUGAACGAUCCAUCAUCCAGAUCAACAAAUACAUCGAGGGCCACCAAGACCACAUUGCCAUUGCUCUCCUAAAACAGUACCAUCAUGAAAAAGCAAAAUACUCUGUCUCCAGUGAUGCUGCGAAAUAUUUGGCAAAGAUUGGUAUGGAGGAGUCAGCCACAAAGGAGCAAAUACGCCAGGGAUACCAGCGGCAUCGGGAGGAGACAAUCAGAAAGAAGCCUCUGCAUGGCCAAUUUUGGCUUAUGCUGCAGGAUGCUGAGCUGGAUCGAGGGCUCUCCUUUGCGUGGUUGCGGUCUUCCGCUUUGCGUCCAGCGACAGAGAGUAUUGUCAUGGCCAUACAGGACCAGGCUAUCCCAACACGGAACUUACAAGAGAUAUUUAAUCGAGGAACAGGUGUGUCAACGAAAACGAGUUGCAGGAUGUGUGGCAAGGACAAGGAAACGGUUUUCCACCUUAUUGGAGCGUGUACAGCUUGUGCGGGGAGUCACUAUAUCAAUCGCCACAACAGGUUAGCAAAAUAUCUUCACUGGACAUUGUGCAGGAAGUAUGGUGCAUCGGACAUUUCGAAUAAGUACACAAGUCAUCAACUCACCAACGUCGUGUACAGUGCUGAAAAGGAUGUGUCAAUCUACUGGGAAGUGCCGAUUCCAACAGCAGCGCCCGUUGGAGCAAACAGACCCGACAUAAUUAUCAAGGGAAAAGAUGAAGCGUUCCUUGUGGACGUAAGUGUCCCUCUGGAUAGGAACAUCCGCCGAAAAUCUGUGGAAAAGAUACAGAAAUAUCAAGGCCUGAAGCGUGAGGUGGAGCAGGUGUGGCAGGUGCGGGCCAAGAUCGUGCCAGUAAUUGUGGGGGCAUUAGGUGGAUUAACCCCCUCGACUGCUGACUUUGUGAGGGAAUUGGAUGCCGGAGCCAGUGUAUCGAUCUUGCAAAAGGAGGCGCUCCUUGGCACAGUUGACAUCAUCAGGUCAAUAACUCAGAUGAAAUAA